UAAAGUUAAAAAAAAGAAUACUUAUUUGGUGACCCCAUUUAUGUAAUUUGUUUGCCGUAAAGAACUCUACCUAAGCAAUCAAGAUGACAAGAUCGUUCCAACUCUCUUUUCUUGGCGAACAAACUUAUGCUUCUUAUGCAUGCUCGAUUUGAUGACACCUAACCUAGCCGCCUCUGUGGAAGUCAUUCCGUUGUCAAAAUAAUCCAAAAAUUAAUGUUAGGUAGCCCCCAAAGGUAAAGAUAAACUGUACUACAUAUACAAAUCUACCCACACAACUAGUAGCAUUAAGCACUACGCAUCAAACAACAGCUGAACUGUUGAGUCCCAAGAAGUCAAGAACCCAAGGUGUUCGACCAUGUGUUCGGCGGCAACACCCAACUCCGGCGACGUCCGUGCUACCCCAGGAUCAUCGCGGCCGCACGUCGUCCUCCUACCAAGCGCCGGCAUGGGCCACCUGGUUCCCUUCACCCGCCUCGCCGCCGCGCUGUGCUCCGGCCAUGGCUGCGACGUGUCCCUCGUCGCGGCCGUGCCCACCGUGUCGUCGGCCGAGGCACGCCACCUCGCCGCGCACUUCACCGCGUUCCCCGCCGUUCGACGGCUCGAGCUCGACCUCGCGUCCCUCGACGUGUCCGAGUUCGCCGGCGCCGACCCGUUCUACGUCCGUUACGAGGCCAUCCGCCGGUCGGCGUCGCUCCUGGCGCCGCUCCUCGCCGGCGGCGCGUCGGCGGCGGCGUCGGCGCUGGUCGCUGACAUCGCCUUGGCCUCCGUUGUGAUACCGGUGGCCAAGGACCUCCGCCUCCCGUGCUACGUCUUCUUCACCGCCUCCGCCACGAUGUUCUCCUUCCUCGCCUACCUGCCCACCUACCUCGACGCCAACGCCGGCGGCGGGCACGCCAUCGGCGACGUCGACGUCCCCGGCGUGUGCCGCGUUCCGACGUCAUCCGUCCCGCAGGCGCUGCACGACCCGGACGACAUCUUCACCCGGCAGUUCAUCGCGAACGCUCGCAGCCUCGCGAACGCAGACGGCCUCGUCGUCAACGCGUUCGACGCCCUGGAGCCGGAGGCCGUCGCGGCGUUGCGGCAGGGAACCGUCGCCGCCGGGUUACCGCCGGUGUUCGCCGUUGGGCCACUCAGCCCGGCGCCCAUUCCGGCGAAAGAUUCAGGCAGCUACUUGCCGUGGCUCGACGCGCAGCCGGCGCGGUCGGUGGUUUACGUCAGCUUCGGCAGCCGCAAGGCGUUGCCAAGAGACCAGCUGAGCGAGCUCGCCGCCGGGCUAGAAGCAAGCGGCCACCGUUUCUUGUGGGUGGUGAAGGGCGCCGUCGUGGACAGAGACGACGCCGGCGAGCUCACCGACCUGCUCGGAGAAGCCUUCCUGCAGAGAAUCCAUGGCCGUGGCCUCGUGACCAUGGCGUGGGUGCGUCAAGAGGAGGUCCUGAACCACCCCUCCGUCGGUCUGUUCAUCAGCCACUGCGGGUGGAACUCGGUGACGGAGGCGGCGGCGAGCGGCGUGCCGGUGGUGGCGUGGCCGAGGUUCGCCGACCAGCGGGUGAACGCCGGCGUGGUGGCGCGCGCGGGGAUCGGCGUGUGGGUGGACACCUGGAGCUGGGAGGGGGAGGAUGAUGGGGUGGUGAGCGCGGAGGACAUCGCCGGGAAGGUGAGGUCGGCGAUGGCCGACGAGGGUGUAAGGAAGGCGGCGGCGAGCGUCCGUGAGGCCGCGGCGAGGGCGGUGGCCGCCGGAGGGAGCAGCUACCGGAGCUUGGCGGAGUUGGUGCGACGGUGCCGUGAUGGGCUUGUCAUCACGAACGGAAUGUGAGAGAAGCGAGGAGAAGACGGAAUGGGCAAACGUCCAAACGAAAUGGCAGCAUCUUCAAGCAUUGUCAGUCAGUCACCACAGUCCACAGGUGGUAGGCUCACAUCAUAAAAAACCUUUUUGUUCCAUGAUAAGCACACAUGCACGAGAUGUCACCAACAAUUUCAACCAAAAUUAUCAACCCAAAUAGUAUUUCAACCACUAGAGGUUAUCCAAAAUAAAGCUUUGUGGUUGUUAUUUGUCCAGAUAGUUGGGGGAGGGGUAUAAUUCUUUAUUUCAAUUAUGUCAACUAGCUGGCCGGUCCGCGCAAUUGCGUGGCUAACAUCUAAACAAAAUCAUAUAUAUUUUUCAGUA